AUGCUGACACGAACUGAAGGGCCAGGGCUGGUCAUCUUGGACGAGAAUUACCUACCUUCCUCUGUUCCUAUCAAAUUAAGCAAACGUGCAUGGGAGAAAGAUUUAACCAUGUUAGCCAGUAGUUGCUUAGGCCUUGGACUGCCAGGAGAGCUGAGCCUGAGCAAUGUGGUUGUCGUACCAGCUGCGCCUGCCCUACCGCUACAAACUAAGAAUAUGAAGGUGGUUACAGUUCUCUUGGUGGGGUUGAUGGUUUGCUCCUGCUUGGCAGCUCCACGUAGACCUAUGAUGGGAGGAAUGCACGAUGAAGAAAGAGUAACUGUUGAAAAUGGAGUUGCAUCCACGGUUCAAAGUUGCGGUUGCGCCCUGGACCGUUCCACAUCGGUGUCGGUGCUUCCAUCUGUUAGCAAGGUGAGGGAGAAGUGGGGAAUGGAGAACCCUUAUAGCAGCACCGACAAUCAUCAUAAUAUACCUAGACAGGACUAUAAUCAGUGGGGAAGCGGCAGCGGCUCCAGCAGUGGUGAUGAUAAUGGUAACAACGAUAAUAAUGACAGCGGAGGUGGUUAAUUAGCUACAAACACCGUGUGUAUAAGAUACACUCCUGUAUAUCUUAAGUUAUUAAUAAUAAGUGUCCCUCUGUAUCGUGAUAAGUGACUCUGCGUCGCUAAACGAAGGAGACUCCAUGCACCUCAAAGUUAUAUAUACUUGUGUGUGUGUAGUCCUAUGUCUGCCUUCUUUCUUGGCGCUUGCAGUGGCAUGUACUCUGUACUGGAAAGUAAGUUUGUAUGUCAAUGGCAUCUCCUGCUUGAUUA